GGAUAAGAAGAGUGUUGGAUUGCUCACGCCGCACGGACCCGGUUUUGCGUGUGGUGCGCGCGAGCGACUCUCGAUGUGACGGGAAGCGGCACCAGGAGGCGUCGGACGCGAUGUGCUCGGUGGAGCAGCAAGCACCGCGACAGCAGCGGGGGCCCAAAGAGUUGGACCCUGGCGACUCCGCCGACGGGCGCCUCUCGGAGCCGCGGCCACUCUCGUGCCCUGCGAGUUGUACCGGAGCAGGCGUGAGCGGCCCCUGCGCGCCGGCUGUCCCUCCCGACGAGCCGCCGGCGUCGGUUCCGAGGAGGAGCUCGACAUCGGCGGGCGGGUGCAGCUCGGCCGGCGGGACUGAGGAGGAGGAGGAGGCGUCGGGGGAAGAGGCCUCAGAGCGAGGCCCUCGACCUUUGAACUCGGCUCCUCGAGAACACGUCAACCCACAAGAAAUCGGAGGGGCCAAAGAGGCGACGGCCAGCGCAUCGCGACUCGCGUCGGACCGGGGAGAUGGCCUUGACAAUCCGGUCGGGCCCUGCGGCCUCGCGGGCCGUGAGCGCCGACUGCCGCCAGCGGUGCCGACACUCGCGCUGGACCCUCCGCCGGUUCGAUACGAACCAAGGCGGGCGACCGGGGCCACGCCCGCCCGGCGAGCCGGCGAGCGCAGGAAGCUCAGCCAGCACUCGAAGUCGUCGCGACCCCCCCGGAGCAGCGCAAAUGAUGACUGCUGCGUGCGCAGCGUGCUGGCGUGCCUCUACUGCGAGUUUGCGUCGCUGUGCUGGAUGCUGGUGUCCUGCGCCUGCUGCUGCCACCACUGCUGCUCCUGCGCGGAGGAGAGCGGCGCCGGCGAUGCCGAACGCUGUCUCGGCGGCGCCGACUGCUGCCCGGGCGCCGAGCUGGGCGGCGGCUGCUGCUGCUGCGGCUGCUGCUGCGUCUACUGCUGCUGCUGCUGCGGCCCCGAGGCCGGGGAGGACGUGCCCCCGUGCGGGCUGUGCGGAGACGUUGACGGCGGGAUGCUGCAGGGAUGUUGCGAGUCGUCGGACUGCGUGGAGAUCUGCUUUGAGUGCUGUGGAUUUUGCCUCCUGUCCUGAGCGGAGCGAUGCUGAUUUGACUGUUCGCUUCAAAUCAAGAUUGGUCGCAGAAAAGAAGGACGUUUUUUUGUUGUUAUAUUCACACUUGGCUUGUCCCCCCCCCGCCAACCCGGCCCGGCAGAUGGACGAGAAGAGUGCAGAUGCACAAAUGUACACACAGCCCGUACAUGUAUGUGUACAUGCGUUGCACACUCGAGAUGAAGGACGUGGGCAGGUGCUCCAAAUUGAGGGCAAACACAUUUAUUGUGGUCAAUCUGUAAAAUGCAACAGCACGUGUGUCACACACAGCAAUCCUCAACCGAGUCGCCAUUAACCACGUGACUGGUGUACAAGUCAGGUUCAUCAAUAACCCUGCCAGCCACCCACAGGCCCAACUCGAUUAUCACGUGCUGGUGUACACACGUGCAUUGAUGUACAGCACAGCACAUAAGGACUUUCACAAAACCACACUUUAUUGCCUUGCUGCACGAGGAAGUAAUUAAAAGAGUGGUCCAUUCCUAAUGUGCCACACAUGUAGGGUACUUUUUUUGUAUGCACUGCUGGAUGAAGGCCUCCCAUAAUUGUGGCUUGUUACGGUUAUUUUUUUACCAUACUUCCCCAUGAUGGUCAGUACCGGUUGGUGAAUAGGGCGCUAGGACUGGAUCAGAUAUCACUCACCACUGAUAUUAGCUGUGGCCAUGAAUCAAAUACAGGUUGCAGGGGUUCAUAAUGCCAUGUGCUUAGUGCUAACCACUGUUGUAAUUUACGUGUAGUGAAAUGUUUUACUGUCGUGACAAGUGAUGUAAGGGAGCAGAGUGGUGGUGUGGCCAGCACCAUGCACGGCCAACUCUUUCGCUCGGGGUCUGAUAUGGGAUCACACCGAACCGCAGACUCAUUUUAGGUUGAGCUGACCGAUGGGAGAUCCAGAUGAGAUGAACACAGCAAGUGUCACUGCUGUUGUGCGUGGCCAGGUUUUUGUUUUCCAGUCACUAACAAACCUUUUUCACUAGCACAUCCGAACUGAGCAAUCGCAGGUCUUCCACGGUAUUGGUAUUUUUCCACCUGCUAUUUGCCGUGCCGAGCCAGAACCAAACCGUGCUACACUGGCUUCACAAAACAUCUCAAUCUGCCUCUGGGGCCAAGCAGGGCCAUGCGCAUGUUAAUCCUGCGUGAUGUCAGCAGCAUGGCUUGGCUUCUGUUGUGGAAAAAAAACACCUAAAAUCUUUGCACAGUGUACUAACAACUUACAAAGACAAAGAUCCCCCGUAUAGACUUAACAGACGGUUGGAGCAAGUACUGUUAGCGAGCACCUAUGAAGGAAGCGAACUCGGGUCGCCGGGUUCGUAGCGCAGAGCGCCAGCUUAACCGUUGCACUCCCACUCCCCGCAACAACUUACACCAUACAUUCGCAAACGCACAGAAAGCAUGCGCAUCACUUUUUGAGCGUAUCUCUGCUGAGACGCGAUUACGAUCGUUACCAUCUGUGCCACUGUCUUCCCACCGUGUUGACGAUCUCCCCUUUACGCCUGUUCCCGUCGCGCUUUGUCUUGCGGGGGGUCUCCCUUCAAGGCUACCGCUGCCUUCUCGUCACGAUCUGCUCCGAGUAACGAACCUCCCUUUCGUGCACGUCCUUCAAUAGCCUUGCAAAGCCAUCUAGUGUGCACUCGUUUGUGCUUAUUGUCCAGGGAAUGCCGAGUAUGAACCGAUACGGUUGCAUCUCAAAAACAAAUCUUUCCUUGCCCUCAUCUGCCUUCUUCAUUGUCCGUGAUUCACAUCCGUACGACAAAGACGCACGCGACUAUUUAAAUGAACCCACCACUGCGCUCGAUCUCAUCAUAUCUCAUAAGCUAAGCAGCUUUUUUUGAGCCUGGUCGGUGCUCGCUGGAGCUUUACAGGCGUUGUAGGCACGGGGCCAGAACGUGGCCAAGAGAUGUUGGUCAACCCCUCUCGUACGCGUGAUGGGUUUUCUCCGGCAUCUCCAAUUUCCUCCGACGCGAAGCCAAGCGCUCGUGGAGUUGACCCAAACAUCCAAGUGCAAGGGGCCAUCCUGAAAGAAACAAAAGAGUCUUAAGACUCACUUAGACUUCUCCUGGGUCAAUAAUUGGCAUUGUGGAGCAUCGAUACUAUAAUGUAACAAUUCAUGAUAACGCACGGCCCUUUUUAGCAAUCCACUGCUGGACGAGGCCUCCCCAUGCUGUACUGGUCAUUAGGGCUGUUUGAAUAUACUUCACCACGCUGGUCAGUGCGGGUUGGUGAAGGGGGAAGCGAGACACUACCGCCCUAGGCUGUUGUGGUUUGCUCUGCGCAGGUCUGCAGUGCCUUUCGAGGUUACUCACUGCGCACCGUUCGACGUUUCGCGACCGCGCGCCGGGAGCGAAACGUCGAACCGAGCAACGCGCGAGUGCGACCCGAUAGCACGCAUAAAGAGGGCGUGUCAAAACAAAAAUGUGGGUGAUUAUAAAAUCAGGGGAGUAUCUAUGAACGGAUCACCGUGCAGAGUGGUGCACUCCGCGAGCACGCUCCCGAAUGCUUUAUGAACACAAUUUGGAAUUGUUUUGUUUCCAAGCUGCAGAACCUUGGACCUUGCCACUGCUCGUAUGUGUUUGUUCCGCGCAUGCAAUAUUUGUUGACAUACAUUGGCCAACGGACGCAUGUUAAUGAAUUCCAUAUAACUGCCACCCAUAGAAACAUCGUAAUGUUUUGUCUUUUUAUGUCCUGGAUUUAAGUGUGCGUUUGUACUAUGUAUUAAAAAAGGCCCACUUCUGAACUUAUUUCAUGACUAUUUGCAGAAUAUUAUAAAAAAAAACGUGUUUCAAUAAAACGUAUGUGGAAAACGUGUUUUGUAUUUAAAAAAAUCAAUUUGGAGUAAUCAUAGUACUUAAUUCCACAUUAUUUCGAAAAUCAAUUAUAAAGGCAGUGUUUACUGGAAAUCAAACGCACAUACUGCACGGCAGUGUGGACAAUGUUUGAGACGUCAUUACAAGCGCAUAACAUUGUUGGGGAAAAUAGAUGGAUUAAAGAAGAAGAAAAAUAAUAAUAAUAACAAACUUAAAAAAAAAACGUUAUUGCAGCAAUUUAGCGUAAUUUUUUUUCAAUUUGUAAACAUAGAAUGAAAUGUCCACUUACGUUUGGAAUAACAAUGCAAUAAAACAGAACAGCCCAUAUACAAUGUUUAUCGGUGGAGAUGGGGGAAAGCUGCAAUUAAGCUGCGGUAAGGAUGUGGUGGAUGUGUGACUCAGGACUCUGAGAUACCGGGCCAGCACUCCGGAGAUCCUGGGAUCGAAUCUGGGAUUCAACCACUGCCCAUAGAUUAAACCAGGACCCUCCAAUCGAGUGAGUUGGGGGCCUCAGCCCGGUCGUCAAUGAUUGAAUGCAGCAGCAACAAAAAAACUCAAAAGUUGAAUCGGAUCAUUGUUACUUCAAAUUGGAUGAAUUCCAGCUCAGAGAAUCAAGGCUACGUAUCAAUUUCACUGACGUGCGACGAAGAUUACUCUCUGUUUGCAUGGUAUGCGGGGAAGUUCGUCUCGCAGUGUGUGGAUAGAAAGGGAAUUCGGAUGCAGUUAUAUCAUAUCUCUUUCUAUGGGCCAUUUUUUUAACACAUGGGGUGAUGCACUGCUCUGUAAGAGAGUUAUGAACAACGUCAACUAAAGCGAUUACGCCAAUUGCACAUAUUAAAUCCUACUUCUUCUUGAUGCUGCAGCCUCCAACUAUUAUUCUAGACUCUAUCUCUCCGACCUCUCUACUUCUCUGCUACGAAGAAGGGUCAUUGCCAAAACCUUCGCCUAUUACAUAUUUGUUUUCUUUUAAGGCCACGUUGUUAUUGUCGAGUGUUCAUUUUUUUGUUGUUAGUCCUUUUCUUAAGUUAUCUGCCCAAGGACAGCCCUGUGGUGCAGGCCCUCUCAAUUCCAUCCAAUCCCAAGGCCUCUUCAAUUCACGACACUGCACCCAAUCCUGGAAUUCUUGAGCCAUAACCAGGGCAGGACAGUUGUGAUGGUUUUUCACCUUGCAUCCUCAACAGUGUUUUGUCAUGUAACACCACUAGCACCACCGGAUGUAGUUAGCAUUAUUUCCAGAAUGGCAACUGUAAUACAUUUGGUCGGAAAAGUAGAUGUUUCGUUCUUUUGUUCGGUAUUUCUGGAGGCAUAAUUAUAUUCCUUAACGUGGCGUAAACAUUCAGUUGAAAUCUACAUAAGCUCUUCUUGCACUCUAUUUUUGCACGUAUGUAAACUGUACAUGAACAUUAUUUCCCAUUAUUUUAAGAAUGGUUGAGCAUUACGUGGCAGGAGGGGGCAGGUAACCUAUGUGUUUUGAAAAAUUCGUUUUCAUUUUACAUCAAUCAAUCAGGUCUUUAUUUCUAUAGCACUAUUUCGUGCAAAGGAUGCCAUUCAAAGUGCUGUACAGAU